AUGAUCGAGACCAACUCCAACUCCGGCGAUCUCACAAUAUCCGAGCUUCAGAACAAGACCGUAUACUGGAUUCAAACCAUUGAUCAUAAGAAUGGCAUUGAGCGUCCAAGCAGAUUCGGAACCGGGCCUUAUAUCGACACAAAGCGCGAUCGAGAACUCUUGCUAAGUCAAUUGUACGGGAGAUGUGGUAACGAUGAGGCUGCUACAGCCCACGUCAACCGACUUGUGAAGGGAGACUCGCUGUAUGAAAGCUUGGUUAGUGCGGCGAUUUUAGAUGCUCAAAAAAAGCCGCUGUUCUCCCUUAUUGUGGAUAAAGAGCGGAACGAAGGCAUUGCAGAUAUCCUCAGGACGACCACUGGAGCAGCUACUAGGGAGAUGUACACCGUGAGAAAUAGGAUUAUAACUAAAGAUAUGCUCGAUGAUGAGGUCUUGAAGAACAUGGAUCAGAUAGUCCGAUCGGGCGGGAAGAACUUUAGUAUCGGUGGCGGCGUCGAAACGUUCGAGAGCAGAGAAGAGGCGGUUGCGUGUGCGGAAGCCCUUCUUGCGAGCGGUCAUGAACAAGAAGUCCGGAAAGCAAUAGAGAGUCUGGAGGGUGUACUAUUUGGCUACCGCGUAGGAUUUGGUAGACGUCAUGCCGGGUGGAUGUAUACAGUGACCAAGGUGAGAGUGGGCGAGGAGGUUAGGGAGGAUGUUUAUGAUUUGUGAUUGAUGACGGCAAUCGGCACUUGCAUAUGGACUGGUAUGAAUUCAUUUGUAUUAAAUGGGAACCAAGGCUUUUAGAUAGAAUGUGAAUGAAAAUGGCG